CGAAGCUUCAUUGGAGAAUUAUUCUCUCUCUCUCUCUCAUCGCAUCGCGAACAUACACACUCUCUCUCAUUCUCUCUUGCUGAGGAGAGGAGAGUUAAUACCGCGUCGUUGAUGGGCAAAGAGGCUAACGAUCCACCAUAUCUCUCGGAGUCCACCGAUUCAUCAUCAUCUAACGGUACACGUUUUUUCAAUGUCUUAGAAAUAUUGAGGAGAGUUAAUACAGCGUCGUUGAUGGGCAAAGAGGCUAACGAUCCACCAUAUCUCUCGGAGUCCACCGAUUCAUCAUCAUCUAACGGUACACGUUUUUUCAAUGUCUUAGAAAUAUUGAGGAGAGUUAAUACAGCGUCGUUGAUGGGCAAAGAGGCUAACGAUCCACCAUAUCUCUCGGAGUCCACCGAUUCAUCAUCAUCUAACGGUACACGUUUUUUCAAUGUCUUAGAAAUAUUGAGGAGAGUUAAUACAGCGUCGUUGAUGGGCAAAGAGGCUAACGAUCCACCAUAUCUCUCGGAGUCCACCGAUUCAUCAUCAUCUAACGGUACACGUUUUUUCAAUGUCUUAGAAAUAUUGAGGAGAGUUAAUACAGCGUCGUUGAUGGGCAAAGAGGCUAACGAUCCACCAUAUCUCUCGGAGUCCACCGAUUCAUCAUCAUCUAACGGUACACGUUUUUUCAAUGUCUUAGAAAUAUUGAGGAGAGUUAAUACAGCGUCGUUGAUGGGCAAAGAGGCUAACGAUCCACCAUAUCUCUCGGAGUCCACCGAUUCAUCAUCAUCUAACGGUACACGUUUUUUCAAUGUCUUAGAAAUAUUGAGGAGAGUUAAUACAGCGUCGUUGAUGGGCAAAGAGGCUAACGAUCCACCAUAUCUCUCGGAGUCCACCGAUUCAUCAUCAUCUAACGGUACACGUUUUUUCAAUGUCUUAGAAAUAUUGAGGAGAGUUAAUACAGCGUCGUUGAUGGGCAAAGAGGCUAACGAUCCACCAUAUCUCUCGGAGUCCACCGAUUCAUCAUCAUCUAACGGUACACGUUUUUUCAAUGUCUUAGAAAUAUUGAGGAGAGUUAAUACAGCGUCGUUGAUGGGCAAAGAGGCUAACGAUCCACCAUAUCUCUCGGAGUCCACCGAUUCAUCAUCAUCUAACGGUACACGUUUUUUCAAUGUCUUAGAAAUAUUGAGGAGAGUUAAUACAGCGUCGUUGAUGGGCAAAGAGGCUAACGAUCCACCAUAUCUCUCGGAGUCCACCGAUUCAUCAUCAUCUAACGGUACACGUUUUUUCAAUGUCUUAGAAAUAUUGAGGAGAGUUAAUACAGCGUCGUUGAUGGGCAAAGAGGCUAACGAUCCACCAUAUCUCUCGGAGUCCACCGAUUCAUCAUCAUCUAACGGUACACGUUUUUUCAAUGUCUUAGAAAUAUUGAGGAGAGUUAAUACAGCGUCGUUGAUGGGCAAAGAGGCUAACGAUCCACCAUAUCUCUCGGAGUCCACCGAUUCAUCAUCAUCUAACGGUACACGUUUUUUCAAUGUCUUAGAAAUAUUGAGGAGAGUUAAUACAGCGUCGUUGAUGGGCAAAGAGGCUAACGAUCCACCAUAUCUCUCGGAGUCCACCGAUUCAUCAUCAUCUAACGGUACACGUUUUUUCAAUGUCUUAGAAAUAUUGAGGAGAGUUAAUACAGCGUCGUUGAUGGGCAAAGAGGCUAACGAUCCACCAUAUCUCUCGGAGUCCACCGAUUCAUCAUCAUCUAACGGUACACGUUUUUUCAAUGUCUUAGAAAUAUUGAGGAGAGUUAAUACAGCGUCGUUGAUGGGCAAAGAGGCUAACGAUCCACCAUAUCUCUCGGAGUCCACCGAUUCAUCAUCAUCUAACGGUACACGUUUUUUCAAUGUCUUAGAAAUAUUGAGGAGAGUUAAUACAGCGUCGUUGAUGGGCAAAGAGGCUAACGAUCCACCAUAUCUCUCGGAGUCCACCGAUUCAUCAUCAUCUAACGGUACACGUUUUUUCAAUGUCUUAGAAAUAUUGAGGAGAGUUAAUACAGCGUCGUUGAUGGGCAAAGAGGCUAACGAUCCACCAUAUCUCUCGGAGUCCACCGAUUCAUCAUCAUCUAACGGUACACGUUUUUUCAAUGUCUUAGAAAUAUUGAGGAGAGUUAAUACAGCGUCGUUGAUGGGCAAAGAGGCUAACGAUCCACCAUAUCUCUCGGAGUCCACCGAUUCAUCAUCAUCUAACGGUACACGUUUUUUCAAUGUCUUAGAAAUAUUGAGGAGAGUUAAUACAGCGUCGUUGAUGGGCAAAGAGGCUAACGAUCCACCAUAUCUCUCGGAGUCCACCGAUUCAUCAUCAUCUAACGGUACACGUUUUUUCAAUGUCUUAGAAAUAUUGAGGAGAGUUAAUACAGCGUCGUUGAUGGGCAAAGAGGCUAACGAUCCACCAUAUCUCUCGGAGUCCACCGAUUCAUCAUCAUCUAACGGUACACGUUUUUUCAAUGUCUUAGAAAUAUUGAGGAGAGUUAAUACAGCGUCGUUGAUGGGCAAAGAGGCUAACGAUCCACCAUAUCUCUCGGAGUCCACCGAUUCAUCAUCAUCUAACGGUACACGUUUUUUCAAUGUCUUAGAAAUAUUGAGGAGAGUUAAUACAGCGUCGUUGAUGGGCAAAGAGGCUAACGAUCCACCAUAUCUCUCGGAGUCCACCGAUUCAUCAUCAUCUAACGGUACACGUUUUUUCAAUGUCUUAGAAAUAUUGAGGAGAGUUAAUACAGCGUCGUUGAUGGGCAAAGAGGCUAACGAUCCACCAUAUCUCUCGGAGUCCACCGAUUCAUCAUCAUCUAACGGUACACGUUUUUUCAAUGUCUUAGAAAUAUUGAGGAGAGUUAAUACAGCGUCGUUGAUGGGCAAAGAGGCUAACGAUCCACCAUAUCUCUCGGAGUCCACCGAUUCAUCAUCAUCUAACGGUACACGUUUUUUCAAUGUCUUAGAAAUAUUGAGGAGAGUUAAUACAGCGUCGUUGAUGGGCAAAGAGGCUAACGAUCCACCAUAUCUCUCGGAGUCCACCGAUUCAUCAUCAUCUAACGGUACACGUUUUUUCAAUGUCUUAGAAAUAUUGAGGAGAGUUAAUACAGCGUCGUUGAUGGGCAAAGAGGCUAACGAUCCACCAUAUCUCUCGGAGUCCACCGAUUCAUCAUCAUCUAACGGUACACGUUUUUUCAAUGUCUUAGAAAUAUUGAGGAGAGUUAAUACAGCGUCGUUGAUGGGCAAAGAGGCUAACGAUCCACCAUAUCUCUCGGAGUCCACCGAUUCAUCAUCAUCUAACGGUACACGUUUUUUCAAUGUCUUAGAAAUAUUGAGGAGAGUUAAUACAGCGUCGUUGAUGGGCAAAGAGGCUAACGAUCCACCAUAUCUCUCGGAGUCCACCGAUUCAUCAUCAUCUAACGGUACACGUUUUUUCAAUGUCUUAGAAAUAUUGAGGAGAGUUAAUACAGCGUCGUUGAUGGGCAAAGAGGCUAACGAUCCACCAUAUCUCUCGGAGUCCACCGAUUCAUCAUCAUCUAACGGUACACGUUUUUUCAAUGUCUUAGAAAUAUUGAGGAGAGUUAAUACAGCGUCGUUGAUGGGCAAAGAGGCUAACGAUCCACCAUAUCUCUCGGAGUCCACCGAUUCAUCAUCAUCUAACGGUACACGUUUUUUCAAUGUCUUAGAAAUAUUGAGGAGAGUUAAUACAGCGUCGUUGAUGGGCAAAGAGGCUAACGAUCCACCAUAUCUCUCGGAGUCCACCGAUUCAUCAUCAUCUAACGGUACACGUUUUUUCAAUGUCUUAGAAAUAUUGAGGAGAGUUAAUACAGCGUCGUUGAUGGGCAAAGAGGCUAACGAUCCACCAUAUCUCUCGGAGUCCACCGAUUCAUCAUCAUCUAACGGUACACGUUUUUUCAAUGUCUUAGAAAUAUUGAGGAGAGUUAAUACAGCGUCGUUGAUGGGCAAAGAGGCUAACGAUCCACCAUAUCUCUCGGAGUCCACCGAUUCAUCAUCAUCUAACGGUACACGUUUUUUCAAUGUCUUAGAAAUAUUGAGGAGAGUUAAUACAGCGUCGUUGAUGGGCAAAGAGGCUAACGAUCCACCAUAUCUCUCGGAGUCCACCGAUUCAUCAUCAUCUAACGGUACACGUUUUUUCAAUGUCUUAGAAAUAUUGAGGAGAGUUAAUACAGCGUCGUUGAUGGGCAAAGAGGCUAACGAUCCACCAUAUCUCUCGGAGUCCACCGAUUCAUCAUCAUCUAACGGUACACGUUUUUUCAAUGUCUUAGAAAUAUUGAGGAGAGUUAAUACAGCGUCGUUGAUGGGCAAAGAGGCUAACGAUCCACCAUAUCUCUCGGAGUCCACCGAUUCAUCAUCAUCUAACGGUACACGUUUUUUCAAUGUCUUAGAAAUAUUGAGGAGAGUUAAUACAGCGUCGUUGAUGGGCAAAGAGGCUAACGAUCCACCAUAUCUCUCGGAGUCCACCGAUUCAUCAUCAUCUAACGGUACACGUUUUUUCAAUGUCUUAGAAAUAUUGAGGAGAGUUAAUACAGCGUCGUUGAUGGGCAAAGAGGCUAACGAUCCACCAUAUCUCUCGGAGUCCACCGAUUCAUCAUCAUCUAACGGUACACGUUUUUUCAAUGUCUUAGAAAUAUUGAGGAGAGUUAAUACAGCGUCGUUGAUGGGCAAAGAGGCUAACGAUCCACCAUAUCUCUCGGAGUCCACCGAUUCAUCAUCAUCUAACGGUACACGUUUUUUCAAUGUCUUAGAAAUAUUGAGGAGAGUUAAUACAGCGUCGUUGAUGGGCAAAGAGGCUAACGAUCCACCAUAUCUCUCGGAGUCCACCGAUUCAUCAUCAUCUAACGGUACACGUUUUUUCAAUGUCUUAGAAAUAUUGAGGAGAGUUAAUACAGCGUCGUUGAUGGGCAAAGAGGCUAACGAUCCACCAUAUCUCUCGGAGUCCACCGAUUCAUCAUCAUCUAACGGUACACGUUUUUUCAAUGUCUUAGAAAUAUUGAGGAGAGUUAAUACAGCGUCGUUGAUGGGCAAAGAGGCUAACGAUCCACCAUAUCUCUCGGAGUCCACCGAUUCAUCAUCAUCUAACGGUACACGUUUUUUCAAUGUCUUAGAAAUAUUGAGGAGAGUUAAUACAGCGUCGUUGAUGGGCAAAGAGGCUAACGAUCCACCAUAUCUCUCGGAGUCCACCGAUUCAUCAUCAUCUAACGGUACACGUUUUUUCAAUGUCUUAGAAAUAUUGAGGAGAGUUAAUACAGCGUCGUUGAUGGGCAAAGAGGCUAACGAUCCACCAUAUCUCUCGGAGUCCACCGAUUCAUCAUCAUCUAACGGUACACGUUUUUUCAAUGUCUUAGAAAUAUUGAGGAGAGUUAAUACAGCGUCGUUGAUGGGCAAAGAGGCUAACGAUCCACCAUAUCUCUCGGAGUCCACCGAUUCAUCAUCAUCUAACGGUACACGUUUUUUCAAUGUCUUAGAAAUAUUGAGGAGAGUUAAUACAGCGUCGUUGAUGGGCAAAGAGGCUAACGAUCCACCAUAUCUCUCGGAGUCCACCGAUUCAUCAUCAUCUAACGGUACACGUUUUUUCAAUGUCUUAGAAAUAUUGAGGAGAGUUAAUACAGCGUCGUUGAUGGGCAAAGAGGCUAACGAUCCACCAUAUCUCUCGGAGUCCACCGAUUCAUCAUCAUCUAACGGUACACGUUUUUUCAAUGUCUUAGAAAUAUUGAGGAGAGUUAAUACAGCGUCGUUGAUGGGCAAAGAGGCUAACGAUCCACCAUAUCUCUCGGAGUCCACCGAUUCAUCAUCAUCUAACGGUACACGUUUUUUCAAUGUCUUAGAAAUAUUGAGGAGAGUUAAUACAGCGUCGUUGAUGGGCAAAGAGGCUAACGAUCCACCAUAUCUCUCGGAGUCCACCGAUUCAUCAUCAUCUAACGGUACACGUUUUUUCAAUGUCUUAGAAAUAUUGAGGAGAGUUAAUACAGCGUCGUUGAUGGGCAAAGAGGCUAACGAUCCACCAUAUCUCUCGGAGUCCACCGAUUCAUCAUCAUCUAACGAAUUGGAAAGCAAAGGUCAUCGCCAUUAUAGAAGCCAAAGAUCUCUCCACACUUGGAUUGGAUGAGCUUAUGGGUUCCUUUAUAACUCAUGAGAUCACCAUGAAAGGACAUGAGGAUGUUAAAAACAAAAAGAAAAGUGGAAUUGCA